AUGGAGCGGUGGAAAGGCAGAGGCCUGGUGACCGGCGCCUCGGUGGGAAUUGGAGCCGCUGUAGCCCGGGCACUGGUCCAGCAAGGCAUGAGGGUUGUCGGCUGUGCCAGGAAUGUCGACAAAAUAGAGAAGCUGGCAGCAGAAUGUCAGAGUGCAGGCUACAGUGGCACGCUGAUCCCUUACAAAUGUGACCUGUCCAAUGAGGAAGAGAUCCUAUCCAUGUUUUCAGCCAUCAAGACGCUGCACAAGGGCGUAGACGUAUGCAUCAACAAUGCUGGACUGGCCCACAAUGAACCUCUGCUCAGUGGCAGGACAGAAGGCUGGAGGAACAUGAUCGAUGUGAAUGUCUUAGCCUUGUCCAUCUGCACCCGUGAGGCAUACAAAUCAAUGAAGGAGAGGAAUGUGGACGAUGGCCACAUCAUCAAUAUUAAUAGUAUGGGUGGGCACCGAGUGGUGCCAAGUGCUGAUGAGCACUUCUACUGUGCCACUAAAUAUGCUGUGACUGCUCUGACUGAAGGAAUACGGCAAGAGCUUCGAGAGGCAAACACUCACAUCAGAGCCACGUGUAUAUCUCCUGGAAUAGUGGAGACAGAGUUUGCCUUCCGACACCACAACAGUGAUCCAGAAAAGGCAGCUUCAGUGUACGAGAGUAUGAAAUGUUUGAAAGCAGAAGACAUAGCCAGUGCAGUCACAUUUGUCCUCAGUGCCCCUCCUCAUGUCCAGAUUGGAGAUGUGCAGAUGAGGCCAGUAGAGCAGGUGUCAUAGCAGCAGAAGAGGAGGAGCAGACAGACAGACGGCACCAUGGUGACUCCUUAGCAGCCUCUGCUGGGCGAAGAAGGUGGGGGUGGGGUGGG